GCAGAAAGAGGAGAUGAAAGCAGGUGACAGAACAUUGCCUGAGAGUUUUUUUAAAAUUGUUCGGGGAGGGGAGAUGCAGGGAACCAAGGGGGCUUCUUCCUAAAAUUUGUCCCAUAAUUUGAUGCUUGACAAUUACAGUUGAUAUUUUCUUUAAUGUUUUGGCCCUAUCAUAAUUUGCACAAAACAAUUGUUUAUCCUGAGGAAAGGUAGUCAACUGAGCCAAUUACUUGAAUUCUUCAAAUCUGAAUAAAACUUUGGAAAGUGGAAUGUUUGACUCUUUGGUCUCAAAUUCUGCACUGCUGUCCCUCCCCUCUUUGCGUACCAUUUUUUCUUUAAAAAAGAAUAUGUUGACUGUUUGAUUAGUGAGGUGUAGGACUCCACCAUAAAUAUUAUGCCAUUUAAUAUAGUGAUGUAUGACACAGUCUGGCUUGGAGCACUCACUGUUUUUGUGGUUUGCUUUUUAUUUUUUUUAUUUGAAUUUAUGCACAUUUACUAUUCUUAUUUUUGUAAAACAUAUUUCUCAGGAAUCAUCAUCCAUCGAUGUCGGUAUGGGCUGUGGACAAUCCAAGAACCAUCCACCCACCUCCACUGAAAAACAACCAACAGCUGAGUCAGGCCAAGACAGAGACAGAGUGCAGGAUGAGGAGGUCAAAGGUCAGCAGUCUCAAGAUGCGGGUGCUGAAAAUGAACCAACUUCAAUAAAAAAUGAGACUAAAACCAACGCCGAGUCUUCAUCAUCCCAAGAUGCAGCCCCUCCACCUCCGUCAUCAUCGAAAGAGGAGACUAAGACUAGCGCUCAAGCCUCUUCCUCUCAUGGAGCAGUCCCUGGGUCUGAGCCUCCUCCACCUCAUCCCUCAAGCUCAGCUCAAGAACAGAAAACAGCAGCCCAGCUUGCAUCAAAAGACGCUUUAGCAAAGUAUAAUGAAAUGUUGAAAAAGCAGCUGGAAGUUGCCUUGGCAGAAACCUAUGCAGCGUUGGCGAAACUGGCAGUUGGGAAUGAACCACCAUAUGUUGCCCAGAUCCUUAAAGGGGAUGUGUCUGCCGAGUGCCCUUCAGUCGCAAAACUAGUUCGCAUCUUUGUCAGCAGCACUUUCACAGACACAAGGCAUGAAAGGAACUGGCUGAUGGAAAAAGUCUACCCUAAGCUGAAAGCUUUUUGCCAGUCAAAAGGCUAUGAUUUUCAGGUUGUAGAUAUGAGAUGGGGGAUCCGUGACGAAGCACAAGAUGAUCACAUGACCACUGAAAUCUGUCUGAGAGAAGUAGAGCUCUGCAAGAAGCAAUCAACUGGACCCUGCUUUAUGUCCCUGAUGUCUCACAAGUAUGGCUACAGAGACUUCCCACGAGAAGUUCAAGCUGAAGAGUUUGAGAAGCUUCUUGAGGGUGUGCAGGAUGAGGAAGCGAAGGAGCUGCUCAGCAGAUGGUUCCUACGUGAUGACAAUGCUGUUCCCGCUACGUAUGUGCUACAACCAAUCAGUUCCUUGCUGCCUGACUCAAAUUCUGAUGUGGAAGAGAUUCGGAAGUCAGCCAUGAACGAGUGGCACAAGAAGAAUAAUAAGAUGCAUUCAUCUUUAGCUAGUUCAGCAGUCAGCAUUUUGGAUCCAGAGCGGGCCCAAGUCUACCUUCGAUCUGUAUCAGAGACUGAAGUAGUCCAUGGACUAAAAGACUUAAAUGCGGACAGAAUACUUUGGUUCCGACGAGUCAUCACUGACAUCGGUCAAGUUGAUGCGGCUAAGGAAAAAGAUAUUCUCAGGAGGUACAAAGAUUUAUUGGACGAUACAGAGAAGAACAAGGAGUCUUCCGAAUUGCUGCAGAAUUUGGAGGAGAACAUCAUGAAGACUGCUGUGCCACAGUCCAAUUUGUUUCAGUACAACGUCAAGUGGGAGCCGAAUAAAGGAAUUGACCCCCAGACAAAUGCCAGCCACCAAGAGUACCUCACAAAGCUCUGCAAGAAUGCUGAGACCCACAUGAUGUCUCUGCUCAAAAAAGCCUUCUCCAGUAGAGACAACGUGGCAGCACGCAACACUCUGUUCUAUGAGGUCCUACAGCACACUGUUUUUCUAAAAGAAAAGUGCGCAUCUUUCUACGGACGAGAGGCUCCUCUUAAGAAAAUUGAAGAGUACUUUCGGGGCCCAUCAACAGCACCUUUUGUCGUCCAUGGACAGUCUGGCUGUGGCAAAACAUCGAUUGUUGCCAUGGCAGGAAAACUGGCUCAGACAGUUUUUGAAGGGAAGGCGCUGCUUAUGAUCAGGUUUAUUGGCACCACAGCUGACAGUACCAGCCUCCUGGCUUUGUUGAAAAGUGUGACAAAACAGAUGAUGACAGCCGCAAAACUGCAGCAGAAGGAUUUGUCGUCCUUGACAUUGAAGCAACUGAUGCUUCACUUCCAUGCUACAAUGAUGAGAGUGGGAAAACAAUGUCCACUGGUCAUCCUCUUGGAUUCCCUGGAUCAGUUUGACCCAUCCUACCAGGCUCGCCAGAUGCUCUGGCUACCGGUCAAACUCCCAGCCAAUGUUAAGGUCAUUGUGUCCACUCUGCCAGAGCCUCAGUACCAGGCUCUUCCAGCUCUUAAGAGCCAGCUAGCAGACUUUCCUCAGAACUUCCUAGAUGUAUCUCAGUUGGAAGACUGUGACAUUUAUGGAAUCUUGGACAAAUGGCUUGAAGCAGCUGGACGACAGCUGACCCAGUUCCAGAGGAACCUUGUACUUACGGCCUUUACUGACUGCCCCUUGCCGUUGUUUCUGAAACUGUUGUUUGAUGAGGCUUGUAAGUGGAAGUCCUACAGCCCCAGAGAGCAGAUGCUAGUGCAGGGCACAGUGCGAGGAUGCAUCAACUGUCUGUUCUCUAGGAUGGAGAGGGACCAUGGGAAAAUCUUUGUCUCUAAAGCCCUUGGCUACCUCACUGUCAGUUUAUCUGGUCUGUCGGAGGCCGAGUUAGAGGACAUUUUGUCUUGUGAUGAUGAAGUUCUCGGAGAUGUUUACCGAUUCUGGACUCCACCGAUCAGAAGACUACCUCCACUUCUCCUCGUGAGAAUGAAGAGGGACCUGGGACAGUACGUAGUGAACCGGGGAGCUGAUCGCAAGCAGGUGUUUUACUGGUACCACCGUCAGUUCAUUGAGGCGGCUCACGAUCGAUACUGCAGUGACGUGACCAUCGUCAAAGAACUCCAUGCAGGGAUUGCAGAUUUUUUUGCUGGUAUCUGGGCAGGAGGUGAACUGAAGCCAGUUCCCAAUGCCAGGUCGGGUGAGACAAUGGCUGACCGCCACGUCACCCCGCAGCCCAUCAAGCUGGAGGAUGACUCCUUCAACGUCCGUAAACUGACCAAGCAGCCUUACCACCGAAUCAAGGCUGGUCAGCUGGAGCUGCUUAAGACAGAGUGCCUUUUGAACUUCGAGUUCAUGAGAGCCAAGAUUGGAGCCUGCGGUUUAAGGGAUGUCCUGGACGACUUCCAGAUGGCACGAUCUGCAUUCCCGGAUGACAAGGCUUUGGAAGGUGUCGGAGAAGCCCUUCAGUUGUCCCAGAAUGCUCUGCUGUAUGAUGUGAGGACGCUGAACUCUCAAAUGCUCGGCAGAAUCCGAAACCGUAAAAUCCAGAGCAUCCCUGAAGUUAGUCAUUUCCUGAAGGACUGCCGUGACCCUGGACACAUUUACCUGGAGCCAGACUACCCCAUCCUGACGGGCACGGGGGGUCAACUGGUGCACUCCAUCGGCGAACAUACUGAUGACGUCACAACUAUGGCUGUGGACAAGUCUGGCACUGUCGCUGUCACCUUCAGCGAUGACAAAGCCAUGAAAAUCUACGACCUUGUGGCUGGUAAAGUGGUGCGGUCCGUGUUCAACGUUGGAGCUGAUGUGGACAAGGCCACUUUCCUCUGUGGGGACACGCUGGUGGCAGCGAACCCGAAGGGAAAGCUGUGCGCUUAUGAAAUACAGACAGGUUCAUGUAAAUGGACGACACCUUUGAACAGCAGCAAGGAUACUUUCGCAGUGGGCGGCCCAAAUAACUCUCUCGUGCUCAUUAUAUGCUCUACUGGAGACCUCACCUACAGAUUUUUGGAAGGGGACACCGGAAAAGUCAUCGGCGACACAAAGACAUUCCCACCUGAGAUACCACGGACGAUGUCCUUUGUCACUUAUUAUCCUGCUGUUGGUUGUGACAAAUACAUGGUCAUCGUGGAAAGUGAUCAGAAAGUGGCAUUUGUAUUUGAUACGGCUUCUCGGUCCCUGUCCCAUUUCAAGAAAGUGCUGAAAAGCUACAUGGAUGAAAAAAAUGAGAAAGUGGACGGCACAAUUGAGGGCCUGGCAUUAAGCAAAGAUGGUGAAACUCUCUACGUAGCCAACUACCAGGACAACGACCUUAACCUUGUGAGCACCGCGACCCUGGAGGUUCUCAAAACAUUCCCUGGCUGCAAAAACGAUUUCUCGGAGAAGUUCCACUUGUCUCCUGAUGAGAACUUUCUCUUUUUUCCUCAUGCCAGCUAUGUGAGGGUAUGGGACUUGCAGACUGGCAAAAAGGCGACAAUCUUAAACAUUCCCGACAUGAGCUCUAUCACGGAUGUUGCUAGCAUAGACAUGAACAUCUUUUAUACCAUUAACAAUGACAGGACUCUGAAGAUAUGGGACCUCAGCCGGGGUGAUGAACCUGGAAUAGCCUUCCAGGAUUUGCCUCGAGACUUCAAAGUCUCCACAGGGGGGAGGACUGUCAGUUCCUUCCUUCGCACUCACAGUCCUCGCUACUUUGUGGUUGUGUGGAGGGACAAAGGGACAAGCUGCCAGAGCAUAGGUCUGUACGACACAGCCCAGGGCAAGGUGGUGAGGGAGACGUCCUGGAUGCCAGAGGAAAACAAAAAUGACGUAAGUCCUGAACUAGAGACUUUAUUUGCGUCACUAUGCUGUGGAAUCAGGUGCUCUUCAAAAUUUUGGGCAUGUGGAGUUAGUUAUUGGUGUCAUCUUAAAGCUUGUUCGUUUGCGAUUGCCGUAAAACUCUUACUAAAACUGAAAAAAAACAACCCUUUAAAGAAUUGUUUCACUGUCUCCAUUUUAUUUCUGUUUGUGCAGGACAAGUUCAGCUCAGUGCAGUACCUGGACAACUGGAUUGUGUCCUUGGAGUACCGCAAAAAGCACAAGCUGCUGGACCUGACCACCAUGCGUGUGGUGACCGUGCUGCAGGGCAGUAUCCCAGACUAUUGCAGUGACCUCAUGUUGGUCAAUGGAGGCACAGAAUUCGCCAUGUGCUCCAGAGGCCGCAAGAACUUAAGGAUCUGCAGUCGAGAGACAGGAAAAACUAUUGACAUUCUAAAGGCUGGACAAACCAAGCGAAUAGACACACUCAUUGCAAAUAAGACAGGCACAGUGGUGGUUGCGGAGGUAGAUGAGAGCCCAAUGCUGGUCUUCAACAUCCCUGAGCGAAAGUUUCUGUUUGAGAUCUCGACCACGAUGCUGGGGGUGAACAAAGAUUCCUACCUUACCCUUACUGAUGGGCUCAUCACAGAUGAUGGCAACCUCCUCAUGUUUCUCUGUGACUACAAAAUUCCCAAAAACUUGCUGUCUCCCAACGUCAAGGCAGAAGAUGUGUCCAGUAUUUUCGUUUUUGACCUUGUCAAAUGUUCUCUGACCACGGUGCUGGUUGACGCACAGUACUACGACCUGUACAAGAGACAGAACAACACCAAGUCUGAGGUCUACAUCGAUUCCUUUGUCCUGCUGGAUGAGAACCAACUCAUCUCUGCUCACGACGACCACUUGAUUAGGAUCUUCAAUUACAGAAACGGCACUCUGCUGAAGAGACUCAAAGGGCACUUGUCCAGUGUGCAGUUGUCCUUCAUGCCGGGCAGCAGGGUGCUGGUGUCCCAGGGCUCCUGGGAUGAAGAGUAUGGGAUCCGGGUCUGGGACACCAAGACCUGGGAGUGCUUCGCUGUCUACAGAUAUGACAAAGAUUUGGAUGAUGUGCAGAUGGUCGGUCCAUCGUCUUCGACAGUUGUUGCUGUGACAAAAUCAGAAGCGAAGCCAUUCCUCUUCAACAUACAAGGUGGAGAUGCCGACCUGAAGAAGCUUUUAGGUCAGACUGUUCCAGAGUCUACCCUUCCAGCGGAGGUUAAUGAAACAGAAUCAAGCCUUGAAAUGGUGUUGACCCAUGACAAUGAUGACAUCAUUGACAAAGAUGAUCCAGACUCAGACGAAGAAGAAAAGGAUGACGAUGACGACGACGAUGAUGAUGAUGAUGAUGAUGAACCUGAAGAGCUCAGUGGAGAUGAAGACUGGAUGAAUAAGGAGGGUUGAAUGUACUGAUACCCAUUUGACUAUACUGUGAUGGACAAAUGCAGAAAAAAUGGCUGCCUUAAUUAUGGUAUUUUACAGGUUCUCUUCCUGCAGCAGUUUUAUGCAAAUUCAUUAUUACUUUUUAUGGGUUGUGUACUUGAUACAUCAUUUUAUCUUAUUGUAUCAAUCUUUUUUAGAUUGUGAUUACCCAAUCAUUCUUGUAUGUUUGUAUUUGUACAUCCAGUUUAUUGCUCUAUUCAAUCUGCUUUUCGAUGGCAGUAUAUCUUCUCUUGUUGAGAAGACCGAAUUGGAAGUGAUCACCUCUUGCUUCCUUGAGCCUACUUUUUAAAUAUAUGUGAAUAUUAUUGUAAUUGAAUAUAUAUGCAUGUAAUGCUGUUUUAUUUACAAAUUCUGAUUGUUAGUCUACAUAUAAGGCUAACACAACUUAUUUUUUUGUUUGUUUCAUAAACACAGAGAAUCCUAGUUGUCUUUCAACAGGUAUAACAAAGUACCUGUUUCAAUUUCUCUUUUUAGGAGGCUCUUUUGUAAUACACUUUGAUGAUAUGUUGUUUGAAGAAUGCAAUGCGUGGAUUCUGUCUUUCCUUUUGUAGCCUUAAGAUGUUCUAUUUCUAGAGAACAGACCUCGUCGCUCUCUCUGCAGCAAAUUUUGUACUCUCAUUUAAUGGAUAUGUAUUUAAAAUGUGGAAUGACAUUGUUAUCUUUAUAUCAUUUGUUAUCAAUUUUACCUUUUUGAAUAUUCAUUUUGAGAGUGCUUUAUCUUUUUUUCUUUUUUUCUUUUUUUCCCUACAUUUUCUAUUGUGCAAUCUUAUACAGCUGUUGAUCUCGUUGUUUUUUUCAAGUAUACACUCCGAAUUUAUAAUCUGCUCCGCAAUUUGUCUGUUAUUUUGUUAGAAUUGUGUUGCUAUUGUGAUAUUCUAAUUGGCAUUACAAGUGCAGUGGCACAGAAAAAGAAGCUAUAAAUUGGCAAAUGUUUGUUCUGCACUUAUAUGACCUUUUUGUGUUCAAGUGCCAUAAAACUCUUACUAAAACUUUGUUUUUUAAAGUUAGUUUUGUGAUAACCUGGGUUAGAGUUUGUUUUUCUAAAAGCAAGAUGACAAUGUUUGUUGGGUAAACCUUCACUCCAAAUUCAUGAGAACAGAACAUUAAUUGAAGCAAAAAAAUUCAUAAACAAAAAUAAAAAAAAAAUUUAACUAAAUGAUUUCUGUUAAAUCAGAACAAACGAUCUUAUGGUGAGCUGAAGAUUUUAAAACCAAGUAUAUAUCAUCAUUAGUGGCUUUUGGGCCUAUGGAAUAAAGGAUUUUUCUGUGUCUCCACAACUGUUUGAUGCUUGCUGCACUUGACUGCAUGUGAUUUGAGCUGUCUAAUUCUCUUCUCUACCCUGUUCUGUCCUCCUGAUCUUCUGCUCGAAUUGUUUAGAUACGAGUAUGGAGAAGGUUAAUUGUCUGGUAACACGAGAUUUGUUGAAACAUAUCUCCUCUCAGGUAGUGUUGAAUAAAAUAUCGUCGCCAUCAUGAUAAGAUUGGAUAGCAACAAAAUUUUUUAUUUUACUUUUUUUUCCGCGAAACAUAUUCUACAAAGCAUGUUUCAUAUGCUGGUUAAGAAUUCAUAUUUUAGUAAACACAGGAAAGUGGACAUAAUUUUAACAGUAUGAAUAUCAGAUUACCCUAAGCCGUCCUUUUAAUAAAUCAGUUUUUUCCUUCUCCUGAACAUUUACCCAAUGUCACUUAUCCGACCUUAAUACGAUGGCGACGAUAUAUCGACUGUUUAGUGUAAUGACAUAUGAUGGAGUUUUGCACUAAGCAGUUGAUAUAUGCCAGCUUAUUGUUUGAUGUAGCUGUGCGUGAAAAUAAUAUAAAUUGUACACUCACUUUGUGCAAACUCACAUGAUGACUUUCACCAGUUAUAUGCUGACUAUGAAUCGUGAUGGGAAAGGAGUUGUGUCAGAUUGGGAAAGGAAUGUAGCCUUCCUCAGCAUUCUUAAAAGGAAGUGAAAAAAGCUGUUGAUAUUAAACUCAGAAGUGAUAAUGCAAAAGAUUUGAUAGGAUGCAACAGAAUGAGAAAAGCAUUUCACGAGCCUAGUGUUAUGUCUUCACUUCUGCUCAGGGAUACAUGGACUUUUGUUUUUGCUGAUCUAUGUGUAUACUAUCUAUCAUAUAUCUAUAUUUUUGUUGCUACUGUCGUUAUUGAGGCAGAGAGUGAAAGAGAGAAGGAGAAAGAGAGAGAGA